AUGCACCACCCGGGCGGCAGCAGCGGCAGUGGUGGCGGUGGCGGUGGCGGUGGCGGGGCCGGGGCCGGCGGCGGGGGAGCGGCAAUGAUCCCUGUCCCCGCUCCGUCGAUGGACGAGAAGCAAGUGAAGCGGGCGGAGCUGGUGGAGUCGCCAACGACGAGGCUCGCCUUUAAGGACUUUUACCGCGCGUUCCGCGCGAAGGAGAAGACCUCCUUCCACGCAGCCAAGGUGUUCGCGAUGGAGUGCUUCAAGAUGUUGCCGGUUAAGGUGCACUGGAGGCUCUACUUGGAGAUAGCCGACCUGGCGAGGAGGGAGAACCGUUUUGUGGAGGCUCGAAAGCUUUACAGAAAGGUGACCAAGAUGCAGCCGUUCGCCUCCCAAGGGUGGGUGGAGUACUGCAAGCUGGAGGAAGAGUUUGGCGACCUCAGCAGGUGUUCUCAAAUCCUUCGGAGGGGGUUGACGUUCUGCGAGUACUCGGAGACGCUUUUGAUCAAGGCCGUAAAGCAGGAGGAGAGGGCGGGGAACCUCGACGGCGCGAGGGAGCUGCUCAGCCGCCUCAAGCAUGUCGGGAUCGAGAACGUUUGGCGGACGGUGUUGGAAGGCGCGCUCCUCGAGGCCCGGUCCGGCAACACCGACGUCGCUCGCAAGGUUCUCAAGUACCUCAUGACGCACGUUCCCUGGUACGGGCCCAUCUACUACGAAGCGUUCAGGCUCGAAGAGAAGGCGGAACACUUCGAGAGCGCACUUGCAAUCGUGCAGAGGGGUUUGCAGGAGAUCCCGCGUUACGGCCCGCUGUGGUUUGGCGCUUUCCGACUGAGCGAGAAGCUGGACAUGCGUGACGCGAAGAAGGCUUUGGUCGAGGGGAAGUCGCCCUUCGAGGCCUACCAACAGAGGGCGACGUCCGACGCUUCCAGGCGAGGGCAGAUGGUGGUCUGCAGCCGCGCGAAGGAGACCGUCGAGAAGGCCAAGGACUGCAUCAGCAAGGAGCUCGUGUGGAAGGUGCAUUUCGAAGCAGCUCAGAUCGAGGAGCGGCUGGCCAGCGUGUGCGCCAAGGAGAUCGCAACCAGGUCCUUACAAGCAGCAGCAGCAGCAGCGGCAGCAGGAGCUAAGCGAGCCCCACCCGCUGCUGCCAAUGCUGCUACUGGUGGUGGUGCUACAGCCGCCGCUCCCCCCGCCGCGGCGAAGAGUAGCGGCCCCGCCAACGUGCCGUUGACGCCAAUGACGCCCCGAGAGCUGCGCGAGAAGCUUCGGCAACCCUCGUCGCCCUCACCCGCGGCGGGGCGCGUCGAUCUACCCGCGACGUCUUCGGCCGCCGCUACCGCUGACCCCGCCGCUGUGCCAGUAGCAGCAGCAGCAGCAGCCGCUACCGGCGGCGGGGGGGGGGUUGGGGUUGGUGAAGCGGAGACGAGCAUCGACCUAGUACGCUCGGAAGCGCUGCCGUCCUCGUCAGCAGGGCAAGUGGCCGCGGCAGCAGCAGCAGCAGCAGCAGCUGGGUCGAAGGGCUUGGGAGACAGCGGUGCGGAGGCGGGAGGAGUGGCGGUUGCGGAUGUCGAUGGUGGCGGUGGUGGCGGUGGCGGUGGCGGUGGCAUUGUGAGCGAGGCGCAGGCGAGGAACUCGCUGCUGGGGCCCUGCCGGUCCGCUUACGCUCACGCGGUGCUCACGUGCCCGCACAACUUGCGCUGGAAGGUGUGGUUGGCGGGGGCGAGGAUGGAGCUGGCAGCCGGGAACUGCCUCCACGCGCAGCGCCUUCUCAACCGAGCUUUCCAGGAGGUCCCCGAGAAGAGCAAGAGCCACGUGUUCCUCGAGUGCGCCCGGUUGGAGGAGUUCACGGGUAACCUGGAGUGCGCCCGCCAGAUUCUGGAGAGAGCCAGGGUGGAGACGAAGAGCGAGUGGAAGGUGUUCCUCGAGAGCGUCCUGCUGGAGAUCCGCGCCAACGACUGGCAGCGAGCGGCGACAGAGGCUCAGGAGGCGCUCAAGGUGCACUCCGGGGCCGGGAGGCUGUGGGCCGUCCUGGUGCAGCUCAAGCAGAGGGACAGCGACCAGGCUCAGCAGGCCUCUCUCAAGCAGGCGCUGAAAGAGGUGCCCAAGUCGGGCGAGGUGUGGUGCGAGGGAGCCCGGAUACACCUGAACCCGCUCUCGAAGGCCUUCGACCUGGAGACAGCCGGGAAGUACCUGGGAUUCGCGGUGCAGUUCACCCCCCAGUACGGGGACUCGUUCAUGGAGUGCCUCAGACUGGGUCUCCUGAACGAUAUCUUCCUGCCUAAAGCUAGAGCGAUCGCUGACGCGAGGGAGAAGAAAAAAAAAGCCGCUGCGGAACCUGCAACUACGACGACGGCGACGGCGGCGGCGGCGGCGGCGGCGGCGCCACUGCUGCUCCCGUCAGAAGCGGCAUCGCCGGGAAGGGUAGAGAGAGAAGGAGUAGAAGGAAUGACCACACCCGUGAAAGAGGCGCCGCGCGAGGCGGUGAAACACGCGGGGGGUGGCGACGGUGACAGCGGCGGUCCCGCCGACGGGACUCGGGCGGCAAGGCCGGAGGGCGACGACGUUGUCGACGCCGUCGCCGCUACGGCGGUGGCUGUCGCCGCCGUUGACGGCAAGCAGGAGGGUGGUGGUGGUGGUGGUGGUGGUGGUGGUGGUGAUGAAGUCACCGGCGGCGGUGGAGACGAGCCGUCCCCUGGUAGGGUUCCCGGCGGUCGGUUCGAGCUGGGGGAGGACGAGGUGGCCGCGGCGGGGCGGCUGUCGCCGGGGGACUUCUUGAGGGCGGAGGUGGAGGGGCUGGUGCUGAGGUGUGUCAACGCGGACCCGAACUACGGGUCCAUGUGGUUCCACUGCCGGCAUCGGCCUUCCGACACUGCAAAGUCCAUCCUGAUGAUGUCCAAGGUGAUGAUGGCCGAGGAGCUCACCAACCUCCAGGACGUGUACCUCCACGCGGUCACGCGGCACGUCCUCCUCCAGCGGGAGGCGGACGCCUAUCUCGCCUCGCGCAAACCUCUGGAAGAAGAAACGGAAGGAGAGGGGGAGGGAGAGAGUGCGCGGCGGCGGCGGCGGCCCCGCAGACAUCACGGAGGGGGAGUGGGCGGCGGGCGUUCUUCCAGGAGGAGGGGCCGGAGGGAGGGGCGCGCGGAGAGGAGAGCACGGCUGUUGGAGGUGGCGGGUCGGCUGGCCCCCCCCGUCGGGUUCGGGGAGGAGGGGGGCGGCGGGCUCAAGAACAUUAGGGGGCGGAACAGGCCCGAGGUUACGAUCGAGUCGCCAUCUGUCCUGGGCUUGCUGCCAUUUUACCCAGCAGCAGGGGCGGAGGACUUCGUGACGGGCCUGGCCAGCCUCAACCGCAUCACGGCACAGAUGGGCCGUCUCCGAAGCGAGGACCGCAGGAAGAUUUUGUUCGGGUCCGAUCAGAUAGUGCCCUGA